AUGGAGGGGAUUCUGGUGAGUGCAGUGACAGGGGCCUUGGAUGCUGUCCUCGGGAAGCUGGCCGACAGGUACAAGCGUCUCAAGCGGGUGCCUGAUGACAUCAAGUUUCUGACUGAUGAGCUUACCGCCAUGCCCACAUUUCUCCAGAAGAUGUCGGACGUGGAAGAUCCCGAUGUGCAAGAGAAGGAAUGGACUGCCGUGGUGCGCGAGCUGUCCUACGACAUGGAGGACUCCAUCGACGAUUUCAUCCAAUAUGCCAAUGACAAAGACACAAAGCCUGGCAUCAUAGAGAAGGCCAAGAACUUUUGGGAGAAGAUAAAAACUCAACAUCAGACUGCCCUUGACAUCGAAGAUUUGAAGAAACGUAUCAGCGAGGUGGGCCAGAGGAAUCAAACCUACAAGACUCCUCGGGCCUUCUCCAACCCCAACAAUACAACUGUUGACACUAGAGCUCUUGCUGUAUGUAAGAAUGCAUCAGAGCUCGUUGGAAUGGAUGAACCCAAGGCCCAGUUGAUGAAAUUGUUAACUGAAGGGGGUUUGUGUGUGUCAAGGCAACAACAACUGAACACCCGCAAAAGAAAAAGGAAACAACAACAGCAACAACAACCACCGAAGAUGGUCGCUAUAGUUGGAUCUGGAGGAAUGGGCAAGACAACUCUAGCAAAGCAAGUGUAUGAAGAUCUCAAAGGGCAAUUCGAGUGUCAUGUCUUUUUAUCCGUUUCAUGA